AUGCAUCCCCAAAGCGUUUUCAAAACGGGAUCUCCCCCGCCCUCGAAUUCCACCAACCCCAUUCACCCCACAGCUGCACAUUUCCUCACCCAACUCCUCUCGACCCUCUCGGCCCUCCCGCAUCCAGUACCCGACCCCCAAACCAUCACCGCUGCCCGCACAAUACUAACUCACCACCUUCCACACACCGGUCUAGGCCUAGAACACACAGCCCAACACCUCCUCUCCCUCUUACCAUCCUUCGCGAGAACAACCGCACACUACUAUGCCUUCGUGACUGGCUCCGUCACCCCAGCAGCGCAUCUGGCCGACCUCCUCGUCUCAACGGUAGAUGCAAACGUGCAAGUGCACUUACCCCAGGACUCGCUCGUUACCGAGGUCGAGGACGUGGCGUUACGGCUGCUAUGUCAAUUGUUCCGACUAGACGAGAGGGAGUGGGCGGGGAGGGUGAUUACUACUGGUGCUACGGCGGGGAAUGUCCUUGGGCUUGCGUGUGGGAGGGAAGAGGUGCUUAAUAGGAGACUACGCGCGCGCGGGGUGGACGAGGGUCGGGGGGGCGUUGGUGAGCUAGGCUUGCUGGAAGCAUGCAUUAGGGCGGGGGCUACGGGGGUUAAGGUAUUCUCGGCAAUGGCGCAUUCAAGCCUUCUUAAGGCUGCGGCAGUAGUGGGGAUUGGGCGCGGGAACGUGGUGGAUAUCGGGCGAGUGGAGAAACCAUGGGAGAUUGACCUUGCUAGAUUGAAAGAGGAGUUGGAGAGGGCGGAGGCGGAGGGGGUGGUUUCUAUUGUUGUGGUUAGCUUCGGUGAGGUCAACACUGGCCGGUUCGACGGAGGGAUGGAAGAGAUUAGGAAGCUUGCUGAUGAGUAUGGUGCAUGGUUGCACACCGAUGCUGCGUUUGGGAUCUUUGCGAGGGUUCUUGGGAGUGAGGAGUCUGGUGAUGGGGGGUUUGCGCGGGGCUUGGAGCUUGCAGAUAGUAUUGUCGGGGAUGGGCACAAGAUACUGAACGUCCCAUACGACUGCGGCUUCUUCUUCACUAGAGACUCGAGAGUUCUGUUAGCAACAUUCGUCAAUACAGCCCCCUACUUAUCCCCAUCCUCCUCUCCCGACGGGAUACAAUCACCGCUAAACCUUGGCCUAGAAAACUCCCGCCGCUUCAGGGCACUGCCGGUAUACGCCACCCUAUGCGCCUACGGUGUGAGCGGGUAUAAAGACUUGCUGAGCCGCCUUGUUGCGCAUUCACGGAACAUAGCGACUUUCAUACAUGGACAUGGGUCAUACCAACUACUCAACGGACCGAUCGGGGAUAUCUUCGUGAUUGUUCUAUUCUCCGCAAAGGAAGAUGGACUAAACCAUAGACUGAAGAAGGCUAUCAACGAUACAAGGAAGAUGUAUGUAUCCGGGACAAUGUGGAGCAAUAGGCCAGCAAUACGUAUAGCUGUGGCAAACUGGCAAGUGGAAAGUGACGAGUUGGAGGUUGUGAAGGAAGUGCUGCAGGAGCUUGCAAGGCAGACCUGA